AUAUGUCCCAUAAUGUAACUCACUUUUACUCACUUUGUCUUUCCUCUCGCCAUCAUCAAUAAGAAAACCUUGCGGUGUUGGCUUCAGGGACACAAGAUGCUGACGACACUCUUCAUCGUGUCUCUGUGCAGCUUAACGAGCGGAAGUCCAGUCUCCAGCAGCUCCCAGGAAGUAGGGCGGGGAACCAGGGGAACAGCGCCGCCGCCUUUCGCCUUCAACCUUGACCUGCAGGGUCACUACAACCUGACGCAGGGGCACAAACUGUGGCUGGCAGGCGCACCUGUCUUUGUACACACCGACGGCCACAACUACACCACAGAGAAUGGAUCGCUGAGCCUGGUCCACACCCAGCAUCACCAGGGGCGGGACAAAGUCGGGCAGUGGGUGUCCACGUGCUUCCUGUACCUCGCUGGCAGCAGACAUUUCCAGACAUGCGCAAAGUCCUGGACAAAUCCGCAACUUCCGGUUGUCAUUUUCCAGCAGAGGUUUGUCAACGGAACAGCGAAAUCAUCAACAGGAAGUGUGGAGGGGGUUAUUUCCGGUUUCCCGUCAUUCAAAGUUCCACAAAACGAUUCGGGUCUGGCCUACCUCAGUUACCAGGGCGGAAUGUUUGGAAGUCAUACCAGGACAGGCAGGUGGGACAUGCAGCACCUCAGUUUAUCAGGAGGUAUUAUGGGCGGACCUCUGGCCGUGUUUUGAUCGCAACGGGAGUGUGGUUAUAAUUUCACCAUUCUCAGGGGUAAG